CAAUGCAAUAUGAAAUUUAUCAAGUACUUUUGUACGAGAAAUAUAUUGAAUUUAAAAGGGAGGGUACACAUUUUUUACAGAAUCAUGUUAGGUGGCGCUGCGUAUACAGCAUUUGCCAAUUUUCGUUUUAGCGUCUAAAAUGACAUGUAUUUGGUAAAAGUCUAUCAUAAUAUCAUGCAUCAAAUAAGAUUCGGCCGUAGGCCGCCAUGCACCACCUCCUUUGAAAUAAAGUGAUGAAAUAAACUUGUAUACCUAUAUCAAAAGGUCAGAGGCAACAAAUGUCUUUCAAACAUUCAAAGGUGUGUGUCAAGGUGAUGCAAUUGGUCCCUUACUUUUGAACUAUUUAGGAGACAGGUUCUUUUAUAAUAAAACAAUUAUAAGGUAAAAUGAUGAAGUCUGUCACUGAAUAAGUUGGGGGGUGAGUAAGUUUGGGGAACUGUACUUUGUGAACAUUGAACAGCUGCUUUGGUCGGUAUCAGAACUGCCGGAGCUGUGAAAUAAAGCAAUGACAAAAAUGUAUGAUUGUAUCUCUUAUGGCAUGUUUACUGGUAUAAUGAAAGAAAAUCAAACAAAGAAUAUAUAGAAUAAAUCAUGUCUUGUUCUGCACGAUCACGACCCUGAAGUAUGUUCGUAUAGGGUCGUUCAUUCACUGUCACUCUCAGACACUCAACCAUUAUGGCAUCAUCCACACAGGUGCAAUAACUUGAUGAGCAAUAGGAUGUGCUAUACCAGACUGAUAAAUAUUUUGUUCUUAUGUGUAUUAAGGCACAAAAGCGAAAGAUUCCAAAAAUAUCAUAAAGUUUCGUAAAAAUUGAGUCAAUCUGGUAAUUGUCAAAUCAUAUUCUUCUACAUCUUACGCUAACCACGACAUCUACAUUGGUGUUUAGCGGAAAUGUAAAGAUGAACAACAGUAUAUUAUUCAUUUGUCCCAUUUACGUACAUGCUCAACACUUUAUACUUUAUUUAUCCUUUGAUAGUAACACCCAUACUUCUUUCGUGUGUGUGGCGUCGUUCCAUUUGCUCAGCCCCUUGUUUACUCCUCUGUCAUACUUUAUCCUGGUACUUUUUGGAAAGUUUCAAUGCUAUUAUAUAUUUUUGUUCAUAUUUUGUCCAAGGUUUAUAGAGUCUGAUUUUUUGUUUCGCUAUUGUUUUCGUUAUUUGUUGCUUUUAUUUAAUAUUAUACGUAUAUGGCGGCAGUCGAUGACUAAGCCUUCAGCAAAUUUGUUUUGUUGUAAUAGUCUUUGUCUUGCAGUUGAGACGUAAGAAUGAUCGUACAAGGCGACCUUAAAUGACCUUAGCAAUGGAUAGGACAUUAAACAAUACCAAACCAAGCCACUGUAAUCUUCUAUGUUCUUUGUUUACUUUGAUAGCGAUUUGUUAAACAAUAUGGCCGAGUUGAAGACUAUUACACAAACAGUCAACCCACCAGACAAAGACGAAGUGAUUCAGUCAAAGGAAGCUGCUAUCACUGGAAAAGAAAAGUUAACGAAAGACGAGGAGACGACAUUUAGCAAGGCGAUAAGGACAAUGGUGCUUGUUUUUGUGUGGAUUUCAAUGGGGACAUACAUGGAAAUCAAUGGUCCAACAUUGAAAGACUUGAUUCUUAGAACCGGAAGUAGCUACGAGGAUGUGACAGGGGCUGUUUCCGGUCGUAGUGUCGGUAAAUUUGUCGGUGUAGUAAUUGGUGGAUUGAUCACGGACAGGUUUGGACGUUAUUGCGACCUCUUCAUUGCUGUAUCACUUACCUUGGCCGCAGUUUCGGUGGCUGUUGUUCCCUGGAUCAACAACACUGAUGCCUUAUGGGUAUUCUACCUCCUCCUUGGUAUUACAAUCGGGGUCAUUGAUAUUGCUGGACAGCGAAUAGUGUUGGUUAGUUGGAAGGAAAAGUCGGCCUCACCAAUGCACAUUAUCCACCUCGGUUAUGGCGUGGGCGGUUUCAUCGCUCCCCUUUUAGCUAAUCCCUACCUUGCUGUUACGGAAACGGUUGGCCCAAAUAAAACCAACUCAUCCAUUUUAAACAUCUCUGUGAUAUCCACAACCUCAGUCCCAUCAACAACAACAAUUGAUGUUAUAUCCUCAUCACGGAUAGAAUAUGCAUAUUUUUUCGCCGCUGGUAUAGCAGCAUUGAUAGCCAGCGUCCUAUACCUGUAUCAGUGUAAAACAUCUCAACGUUUAAAUCGCGAUAAAGAGGAGACUGUCGACCGGAAACUCGCGAAAGUCAGAAAAUGGCGGGACAUGAUAAACCCUGCCUCCUGUGCUGACGGCAACUUCUGUUUUGGUUCUCUGAUUCUGGUAACAUUGUUUCUGAAAUACUUUGUGUACACUGCCUGUGACCGAAUGUACUCCACCUUCAUCAGGUCAUACUCCAUCGACCAACUGGACUUCAGUAGUGACGACGCUAGCUACCUUAACACUUUGUACUGGAUAUUUUACGCUGUUGGUAGAUUUGUGGGGUUCAUUUCCACUCGAUGGAUCAGUGUCAAGAUUCUUCUAGUUAUAGAAUCCGUCUGUCUGGUAUGUGUCUGUGUUGGUUUGUACACAGUCGGUACGUAUUCCCAAACAGCACUGUGGGUCUUAACGGGGAUGGCGGGGUUCUUCAUUGGUCCUAUCUUUCCCUCAGGAAUUGCAUGGGGUCACCUUCAUAUUGAACUUACUGGGCUGGCCAUUACUUGGGUCUUACUUGGGAGCUCUUUCGGUGGUCUUGCUUUUCUGAGAUUCGGCGGGUAUGCUUAUGAUCACCUGGGCGACAAGGCGUUCGUAUAUAUGCUUCUGAUUUUAUCAAUAGUGGUUCUGUGUGUCGAUGUAGUACUGACCAUCCUCAGUCUGACGAAGAAAUGUAUUACCGGGAAGUCGUAUAGCGUAGACCCUCAUAACAAGAAACACACUGUGUGAAAUGGACCUCUGGUGUUGGUAUGUUGUCGCUUUGGUAGUACUCAAACCGCGCCAAAGCGAGAUUUAAGGGGCAUCUAAACAGCAAA